UGUGAAACUCAGUGAUUUUUGGUUUGUAGUGUUUGCAGUGAAUGAUCAGUCAGAUCAGUACACCUGUGAUGCCUCCUCACCUGUGAUGAUGUGUCAGUGUGUUCUCUGAGGCUUGUUCUGUUCUUUGACAGGCAGAUUCAGGUGGAUCAGUCUCUGAGUUCAGUACAGACCUGGAGUCAGGAUGUAGUUAGCCUAGCCUAGCCUAGCCUAGCCUAGCCAAGCCUAGCCUAGCUUAGCAUAAAGACUGGGAAAUGCUAGAAAUACAAAGCAGAAAGCAGAGUCCAGGAAACAGCUCUGUGUAGUUCAGCUGAGUUCAAAGUGCAGAGUUAGUGAGUGAGUUUCGGAGGCGUUCGUGGGUUAAACACGUCUGUCACGCUAAAAAGUCCAUGUUUUUAUUUACUGUUCGUUUUGUCCUGAAAACACGUGAAUUGAACACGAGUGAAAAACAGGAGCCGCAGCUGUUUGUGUGGAGACGCAGCGUCUGUCGCAGGAGUCCUGCUUCUUUACCACUCCACCUGCAUGUUCAGCAGCAGCAUGAUAAUGGCGGAGGCGGCGGCGGCCCCAGAUCUGUUCUCAGAGCAGGAGUUAACCUGCUCCAUCUGUCUGGACCUGUUCAGUGAACCGGUCUCUACACCCUGUGGGCACAACUUCUGCCAGGCGUGUAUUGGAGGUUACUGGGCGUCCAGCCCGGUCUGUACCUGUCCUCUGUGUAAACGCCAGUUUGAUGAACGUCCUCAGCUCAGCGUCAACAAAGUCUUCGCUCUCAUCGCAGAUAAAUACAAACUAGCGCGUUACGGAUCUGCAGGGUUACCAAUGCCGGUCAGGAACGGGACCCCGGGGACGCCAGGGACACUGGGCGCCGCGACAAUGAUCCCAAACACCGGCAGCACCAAUCCGUUUGUGAUGGCAGCGGCUGUGUCAGGUGAGGACGUGGUGUGGUGCGACAUCUGUACAGGUGUUAAACAGCCUGCCGUCAGCUCAUGUCUCACCUGCACGGCCUCAUACUGUACUGAGCAUGUGCAGCCGCAUCAGACCACAGCGUUCUACUCCAAACACCCACUGAUGGACCCCCAGGAGGCCCUCAGGGGCCGCACCUGCGCCAUACAUCGCCGCCUGCUGGAGGUGUACUGUCGCACAUGUCAGCGUUGCAUCUGUGCCAUUUGUGUCCUGGAAGAACAUCGAACACACAAAACCGUCUCUGUCCAGACGGAGAGAGUCAGCAAACAGAAACAGGUAGCGAGGACGGAGCAGGAGAUCCUGAACCGGAUCAAAGAGAAGGAGGUUCAUGUGACCGAGCUGAAGAGGAAACUGGAAGGAGUCAAGAACUACGCAGACGGAGAGCGAGGUGAGGUCGAACACCUGCUGGAUGAGGUGUCCAGGUCCCUGGACCGGAUCCGCACUCAGGUGGUGGGAGGGAUCCAGAACCAGUUGGAUGCCGUGAUGUCAAAGGGGGAGGGGCUGGUGAGUCGUCUGGAGGCGGAGCUUAGCCAGCUGAUAGACAGAAGGGCCACACUGGAGGUUCAGGCCAUCAGUCAGGAUCACAUCUGCUUCCUGCAGAGUUUUGAGGAGGCCACCGCUCCUCUGGCUGAGGAUCAGGAGAACGAAGUGGAUGAGGACUCUGAAUUUUCCCUCCACUUCGCGCUGGGGGAGGUGAAGAGCUCUCUGACCGAGGUGAAGGACAAGAUGGACGACAUCAGGAUGGGGACGGUUCGGUCCAGAGGAUCCAGAGGCUCCUUUUCGUCCGGGGAUUUGAUGGCGGCUGAGAGCAUGCUCAGUCUGAGAGGAAGCAGUGCCAGUCUGAGGAAGAGUCAGUGGUCUCUGAGAGAUAUGAAGAGGAUCAAACCGGUGUCAGGACAUAAAAAGGCUCGAGUGUACAUGGAGGAUGUGACACUGAACCCGGUGACGGCGUAUCCCUUCCUGAUCCUGUCUGAGGACAGGAAGCAGGUGAAGCGAGGAGAGAAGCUGCAGUUCUACAGAAACAGUUCACACAGGUUUGACGUCUGGUCCUGCGUCAGCGCGAAGGAGGGAUACGGCUCCGGGCGGCACUACUGGGAGGUGUUCGUUGGGGAGAAUAAGGACUGGAAGCUGGGCGUGGUCAGCGAGUCGGCUCAGAGGAAAGGUCUGUUUGACAUGAGUCCUUCCAACGGAUACUACGCCAUCUGGUGGAGCGGCAGCCAGCUGAGAGCUCUCACAGCACCGCCGCUUACCAAGGUGAAGAGUCCUCAGAAGCUGCGUCAGGUGGGCGUCUUCCUGGAUGUGGAGGAGGGUCAGGUGUCUUUUUAUAAUGUGAAGUCAGGCUCAGAGAUCUACAGCUUCACUGGAUCCUCUGAGUUCACAGAGAAGAUGUUUCCUCUUUUGGGAACUGGAGACAAAGAGGUCCCCCUGAUCCUCAUGACCACACAGCACCACCUAGCCUGACAACCAGGGACCAGGGACAGAGAGGGGACAAAGGCAACACGAUCAUACCUGAGAGAGAGAGGAGAGAUGAGGGACAAAGAAAGAGGGGAUGUGAAGGUUGUUGAACUCUACAGCUCGAAGGUUGGGACAGACACUGUGUCCCCACACAUGAAGCUGAUUAGUUGACAUGGAAACACGCGGCAGAGUGUUACUGCCAGCGUGACAGAGGAAACACCUUCCUCAGUUUAUCAUCAAGUCAAAAAUCAGGCUGCAACUAAUCAGUGUUUUCAUGAUCAGUUAGUCUGUUGAUUAAUCAGUGAUGAAUUGUUUUGUGUAUAAAGUGGCUGCUGUGACCUCCCACAGCCUGUUAGACCAGCAGUUAAAAAGUUUAUGACCAUGUACGACAGAGAGAAGCUCUGAGGUUUGGACACGACUGAAAUAUUUAACUGAUCUGCAAAAUAGUUGCUGAGUAAUUUUCUGUCAGUCGCUGUGAGAGGGUAAUAGAAAGUGUAAAUGUUGUGAACGUUUAACAACAUUAAAAAUAUCUUGACAUAACAUGAAAUGAAUCUUGUUAAAAUAAAAUGUUUCUGUUAAGCAGAUUUUUUUUGUGAUGGAUGUAAAAACAAGACGCUUCAGCUGAUAAGUGUUAGCAUGCUGACAGAGCAGGUGUGUACACCUGUCUGCAGAGUCUGCGUGAAUACAAGCCUUCGUUAUAUUUCAUUCAUCAAACAACACUGAACCUGUGUAAAGAUGGUGAGUUUGUUGAGUGAAUUUAUGGUGAAAUACUGUGACACUGUCAGAUCAUGAAAUAUUAAAUAAAAACUGAUAUUUGUUUGAGAAAAGAACAAAGUUUGACAUCAAACUUUCCAAAGUUAACCUCGAAGCUAAAAUGAUGUCUUUUUAAUUCAAAACAGUGACAUCAUCAGUAAACAUCUGCACUGAGCUGUAACUGUGGGAUAAACAUCUGCAUCAAGUGAGAUGUAAGAAUAAUCAGGAGAGUCAAAGUCUGGACAUAAUAUUUCAUAACUGUUUAGAAUGAAUAUUAUUCUCAUUUUGGCAUAAAUAUGCUUCCAUUAUUUCCAGCACCUAGUGGCCAUUGGAGGAACUGCAGAUCUAUGACCAAGCACGUCUUUGUUCUGUGACUGAACCAUGAGGAAAGUUUGGAAGUUGAGUUUUGAAGUUUUUUGAAAGUUAAAGUCUUUGUUUUCCUCUGGCUGGAUGGAUCAAACACGUAUGUCACUUUGAACUGUAAUGAGCACAACUGUCAUUUUUUACAAUUAGACUCAGCAUGUGAAAAACUGAAU